AUGGAUAAAAUCCGGAUCAGAGGCGACGAGCGUACUCUGGAGACAGUACUUAUUUGCGUUCACUCCGUUUUUGGCCUCGUGUCGAUGGCUGUGAACGCUCUGGCACUGUACAAGUCCAUUUUUUCUGCUGCUGACAUUUUGGGCGCUUAUAAGUUGAUUCUAAUCAAUCAAUCGGUGGUCAAUUUUUUGCUCGCUGCUAGUGUUGUGUUUCUACAGCUCAGGUAGGUUGAUUUGCGACGGUUUUGGACCAAAAAAUUUUUUCGUGGUGGGACCCAAAAAUUUGUUUGAUACCUUGAAAAUAGCACUGAAAGACUUUUUUUAAGAGCUCUAUGGUUGCAUUCUACUCUAAUUCUAUCCAUUUUCCCCAUCUAUGAUCGAUUUUGGACCAAAAAAUGUUUUCGUGGUGGGACCCAAAAAUUUGUUUGAUACCUUGAAAAUAGCACUGAAAGACUUUUUUAAGAGCUCUAUGGUUGCAUUCUACUCUAAUUCUAUCCAUUUUCCCCAUCUAUGAUCGAUUUUGGGCCAAAAAAUGUUUUCGUGGUGGGACCCAGAAAGGUUUUUGAAAUCUUGAAACAGCAAUUUAAGACCUUUUUUAAGGGUUCUAGAGUUGAAUUCUCCUCAAAUUCUACUUAUUUUCUCCAUUUCCAAGCUAUUUUGGACCAAAAAACGUUUUCGUGGUGGGACCCAAAAAGAUGUCUGAAAUGUUGAAAAUAGCACUUUAAACAUUUUUUGACGACUCUAUGGUUAUAUUCUGCUCUAAUUCAACCUAUUUGCUUCAUUUCUAAUCUAAUUUGGGCCAAAAAAUGUUUUCGUGGCGGGACCCAAAAAUCUUUGUAGAAACAUCGGAACUUAGAGUCAAAUCUUACUUUAAGACAUCCCUGAUGAUCUUUCGACGCAUCUUCUACCAACCACGAAACUUCUUUCCUCAUCAAACUUCACACUUUCGCGGUGGGGCUCAAAAAAACCCCUAAAAAAUCCGAAAAAUUCAAAAAAUCUCGUUUUAACCACUUCAUACCACCGAAUCAACCCCAUAAAUUUUCAGAAUAUUCAUCACGCCCUUUGGCAAUGUGUUUGCCGUCCUCGGGUUGGCCAGCUUCACUAACCAUUUCAUCGCUUUUUUGGUCUACACCUUAUUCUCCUCGCUCUUCUUGGAUUACUAUUUCCUACUCCUAAUUGGAAUGCUGUACAACUGCCAUUGGAUCCACAAAAGCAGAUAUGGCCCGAAAAUGACGUCCAUAUUUUUGUUGGCGGCGGCUGUGCUCAGUUUCGCGGAUUUUGUAGGUUUUUUUGGAGGGUUAUUUUUUGUUCAAAAUUGUGGUUAUUGAUGAAAAAAAUGUGUUGAAACUUGCGGAUUUCGAUGUAUUUUAUCUUUUUGACCUGCCAAAUUUCACAUUAACCCAUUUUAGUCCGGAAAAUUGCACGGUGCAAUGAAAUUUCGAUCGCACUGUGCAAAGCCCAAAAUUUUCGAGAAGCAUAGCAACGAGAGUAUCGUAUUUAGAGAAUUGAAAAUUGCUUUACAUGAUCAGAAAUACUCUCUUUUUUAUUGCCGAACACUUUUUUUUAUCGCACCGUGCAACAAUCCACAGUUCUGCACAGUGCAAAAAUUUUCCGUUGCACCGUGCACAACUUUUGUUUUUCGCACAGUGCAAAAAAAAUUUUUCUUGAUUUCGAUUUUUCAUUCAAAAAACAGUGAAAUGAAAAAAAAAUUUUGGUUAAAUUCUGUAUUUUAGGUCCUUUCCGGCGUCCUUUUUUACGAGGACGAGGAUCAAUCUCGGCAGUUUUCGCGGAACAAAACCCAUGAAACCGUGUUGAAUCGGCACAUGGUGUUUGCGGUCCGAGUGCAUGAGAAUGUCAUGGAUAUUGUCGUGAAUUACAUCGAUGCCAUUUUUAUGGUCUUCUGCAUCGCCAUGCUGAUCUUCCUCCGCUACCGGAUUCGCGUGUAUUUGAAGCGACAUGAACAAGAAUUGACUUAUAUUCAGAGCAAAUUGAUCAAUGUAAGCCUUGUAGGAGAUAAUUUUUUCGUAUUUUUAUGUAAUUUCGUAUUUUACAUUUUUUUUUUUCAUUUUUGCGCUUUUUCGUUUUUUUGCACUGUGCGAAAAAUUUUGGGUCUGCACAGUGCAGCCAAGUUCGGACUUUGCGCACUGUGCAAAAGGAAAUUUUAGCGCACUGUGCAAACACAAGUUUCACCGGAAAAAAAAAUUCUGCACGGUGCAAAGAAUGCCGCACUGUGCAUCAGCGACAAGUCGAUUGCACAGUGCAAAGAAAGGUAAAUUUAUGUCUUUGCACUGUGCGAAAAAAGUUGGUCCGCACGGUGCAGCCGAGUUCGGACUUUCGCACGGUGCAAAGAAUGCCAAUUUGCACUGUGCAUCAGCGACAAGUCGAUUGCACAGUGCAAAAAUAAAUAAAUUUUGAAGCCUUUGCACUGUGCGAAAAAAGUUGGUCCGCACGGUGCAGCCGAGUUCGGACUUUCGCACGGUGAAAGAAUGCCUGUUUGCACUGUGCAUCAGCGACAAGUCGACUGCACAGUGCGAAAAGAUUUGGUCUGCACAGUGCAGACAAGUCGAACUUUCGCACUGUGCAAGACGAGAUUUGACCGCACAGUGCAAACAUAAGCUUCAUCGCACUGCGCGAUCGGAUGAAAAUCCUGCACAGUGCAGACAAGUUCCAACUUUCGCACUGUGCGAAAGAGGGAUGCCUAUUCGCACUGUGCAUCAGCGACAAGUCGACUGCACAGUGCGAAAACGAAAUUGUUCACUGCACUGCGCGACAAAUUGCACAGUGCUGCCGAGCUCGGACUUUCGCACUGUGCAAAAUGAGAUUUGACCGCACAGUGCAAACACAAGUUUCACCGCACUGUGCGAGCGGAUGAAAAAUCCUGCACGGUGCAAAGACUUCUUACUUGCACUGUGCAUCAGCGACAAGUCGAUUGCACAGUGCGAAAAAUUGAUCUGCACAGUGCAGCGAAGUCCGGACUUUCGCACUGUGCAAUAGGAAGUUUGACCGCACUGUGCAAAGAAUGCCUGUUUGCACUGUGCGUCAGCGACAAGUCGACUGCACAGUGCGAAAAAUUGAUUGUUUACUGCACUGUGCAAAAAAAAUUUGGUCUGCACGGUGCAGUCAAGUUCGGACUUUCGCACUGUGCAAUCGGAAGUUUGACCGCACGGUGCAAUGUCUGUUUGCACUCUGCAUCAGCGACAAGUCGACUGCACAGUGCGAAAAAUUGAUUGUUUACUGCACUGUGCGAAAACAUUUGAAAAAGCUGCGACUGCACUGUGCGGCCAAGUUCGGAGUUUCGCACUGUGCAAAACGAUGACAUUUGACGGCACAGUGCAAUUGCACAGUGCAAAAAAGAAACUGGUUACUGCACUGUGCAAAAAAUUUUUUGGGAGCACCGCACUGUGCAUUUGAUCAAUUCGCAAAUUUUGCACGGUGCAAGCGCGACAACUGUAACUUUUGAUUGUACCGUGCAAAAAAUUUUUCAAACCUCAAAUUUUUCCACUGCACAGUGCAGCUUCUAACCCUCAAUUUUGCAGCUGAUCAUCAUCCAAGCAUCGAUAAUGGUGGUGCUGGUCGCAAUUCCCAGCGGCUUCUACUUCCUGCUCUACGAAUAUCUGCGUGAGGCCGGCUGCGACUGCAUCAUGUUCAUUAUGAUCGCAUUGGCCCUGUUCCUCUUGCCCAUCUUCGUUCUUCGCAUGCUGCGCACGGUGCGACACUCGCAUCGCCUGCACAAUGACGACAAUCUGAGUGUGAGUGUGGCGACAUCGCAUCUGGAACGAGAGGGGCCUUCCACUUCGACAAUACAUCGAGAUUUAUCAUAG